AUGGGAGAAUAUGAUAACCUAGGUCGAGUCUCCAAGCAGUCAUUCCUGGUAAAAAAGCAAACCCCCUCCCGUUCUUCGGCGAGCUACUAACUCCCUAGGCCUCAACCAUCUUCUUUUUCAUCGUCGCCGUCAUCAGCGUCACCAUCCACUUCUCGAUCCGGUACCGCUACAUUCGACUUCGCAUACAAAAUGAGUUUACACUCGACGAUGGCUUUCUCCUGUUGGGCCUCGUCUUCCUUAUCAUUGCAUUCUCACUCCUGUUCACGUUCAUAGACGCCAUGUAUCUAUCCGAAGCAUUCGUCUAUGGUGGGCCCUCAUUCUCCGAAAGAGCUCCUUCGAAUUGGAUGCAAACGAUCUUUGAUUUCCAGAAAAUGAGAACGGUCACCAUGUGUUGCUUGUGGUGCUCGAUAAUCUGCGUCAAAAUGAGUCUUCUCUUUUUCUUCAAGAAACUCAUUGAUAAACUGCCGAGAAUGAUGCUGUACUGGAAAAUUACCCUCGCGGCGAAUGUCGUGGUGUCUGUUUAUGUACUUUUGAAGUAUCUUCUUGUAUGCCCUUAUUACUAUAAUUUGAAGGCCCGUAUGUAUUCCACUAAUCCGAAAUGAAUUUUGUCUGUACUAACGACAUUUCCAGUACAAUGUAAUCGGGGAUAUUUGGCUGAGCGGAUUUUUGCUACGACAAUUGCUCAGAUAGUAGCAGAUGUUUUGAGUGAUCUAAUGAGUACAGUCUUGUUCAACCAACUUCACAUGGGGUAUUGCUAACUAGUCUUGUUCAGUCGUGGUGAUUCCCUUGUUCAUCAUAUGGAAGAUUCAAGCCUCCUGGAUGCAAAAGGCUGCCUUGAUCUUUUCCCUCUGUCUCACAAUCAUCUUCGUUGGAGUCACGAUCGUUCGAUCAAUCGGCUUGAUGGUGGAAAAUGAAACUAUCGAUGCUGUCUGGGCAGCUUAUUGGUUGUUUAUUACUGCCGAGCGUAAGACUUUCUACUUCCCUUCCAUGACUUCGAGCUUGUGCUUUUUGUGGCUGAGGAUUGUGGAACUCUCCCUCGCUUUGUUUUAUUCCGUGUGAUGCUUUAUGCUAAUUCGUUCUUAGUCGGUAUCAUCAUGGCUUCUGGAAUCUCUUUCCGCUCUUUCUUUAUCACUGCCCGAAGAAUGAGCGAAAGUUACCCUUCUUUUGAACUAAGGUCUGGGGCAAUUUCAAGAAAACCUUCCCUUGCCCAGCAUCCUUAA